AUGGCAGAGACAGGGAGUAGGCUUCCCAAGAGAAGGAAGCUGGACGACUCUUUCACAGAUUCAGAACAGCUACAUCGUCUAUUUCAAUUCUCAAAGCAUUCAAGCUCGGCGGAAGUCCAGACAGCGAUCCAAAAGUUCAAUGACUUCCUAUCGGGUAUUCGCAAUGACGGUGGUGCCAGCAAGAACCGCACUGAGCAAUUGCAAAUCCUGCGAAAGUAUUGUGAGGAGCAAGCAUCUGCCUCUCACGAUCAAAUCGACUUCCCCGAUAUUUUCGCCACCUGGGCUCACGCCAGUGAAUCCAAUGAUGAAGCUGUACUAGUGGCCGCCCCUUCGUUAUUGGUGCAAUUCUUCCAGACCAUCUCUGGUCAUCUGGGUUUUCGCGACUUCGGCCUCUCUCUGUGCCACAGCUUGCUGAAACGUGACCAGCUACGGUUAUUUGAGAAGGCUCUCUCAGCGCCCAGAAGCAAAGACUCUCUAAUAGCUAUCAAUUUACAGCUUUUGACAGAGAUCAUCUCAUUUGAUGAAGGUGCACUUGCGAGCAAUGUCUUUGGUCGCAGAGAUUCUCUCUACAAGAGACUUGAUGGGAUCCUCAGCAACGGACGUUCAGCUCAAGGAAAUCUGCUGUCAGCACAUAGAGAAGCUUUCAAGUUCUUGCUGGCAAAUCUAAAGUACCUUGAUACGACAGCGAAGACGGAAAUCAUCACCCAUGGGAAAACACUGUACUCGGCUAUCAGCAGCCUUCCACAAGAGGAGCCAAAACUUGUUCUCGAGACAUUGGAUGCAUUUGAAGAGUGGAUACUGGAAGAUAAGACCUUGCCUAAGCAACUCAAAGGUCGAUGUUUCAAUUCUGGAGUUCUGGCAGCGCUGGCGAAGUUGUACGAUUAUGAACAGGAUCAGCAGAAUGCUCUCGACACGUAUCACGCUCAAUCACCAGUACGAGACUCGUUGCACAACUUGUUACUGAAAAUCUGCUCUUCAAACAAAGCAAUACUGCUCCCACAGACAGGCUGGUACCCCGUAGGGACAAAUCCCGAGAGAGUGGAGCUCGAUGAAAACACUAUCGACCUAGGUCUAGACUCACCAUAUUACUUUGACAAGUAUACGGAAAAGAUACCUGUUAAGAACGGUGGGCUGUCAACCUUUGUCCAGGGCCUAAAACCAGGGGAAGAUGUCUUACACGCCAGACUAAUCACCACCAUCUUCGCUGCUGCUCCAGAACUGGUGGCUGAGUAUUUCUCUAAGAAGCAGAAGUUCUUAGCAGCGUCCAGUGAUGAUCCACUCUGGAGAGGACAGUUCGCUUUCUUAUUCUCCGUGGUGCAACUUGAGGUUCCCAGGCAUCUGGGCUGGCCCGAACGUCUUCCCGCAACACCACCACCCCUAUCGGUCGCAAUUGAAAGCAUUGUUCCGCGGCCGCUAGAGCGGUCGAUCACCACCAAAUGCCUACAUUCGGAAGAUGAAAUUGUUGUAUUAUCCACACUACGUUUCCUGACCAUCGCGCUCGAUAAACUGGAUUCUACGUUGAGGAUCAUAGACAAAGCGGCGGCCACAUCUCAACUGUGGAGUCAGGCAUGGAUCAAACUCACCAAUCUAUUUGUUGAACGGGUACCACCUCUGCAAGAAGUGGUUGCGACUUUACAUAAGCUCGAGCCAGGAAAGGAGCAACUCCGUGCCACUGUGCUCGAAUGCAUUGCAAAAUAUCACAAAGUCCUACCUUCCGCCGCGGCGGGGCUGAAGUUUGACCUCACUCCUCUGCUCAGUAAAGCCCUAUUGACGCUGGAGUCGGAGGAUCUGGAUGAAUCAAUCCGAAAAACCUUACACGAGCAACUCUCACAUCAGCUCACCAUCGCGAAGGGGUCUUCUGUGACCAAAUGGUGGCACAAGGCAACUGCGGAAACACUUUCUCCUGUGACUCUCCUGUUGAGAUUCUGCGUCAAGUCUCCUGAGACCACCCUCACAAAACAAGCAACAAACGUCCUCAGAGAUCUAAUCACCGGCAAGGGCGUGUUGAGCUCUACAACCCGCUCCCUUGACGCUCUCCUAACAAGUCUAUCGCCUACCACGAAAUGGCAGGCCGAAGAAGCGACGUACCAAUUCGUCGACAACUGCAUGACACGCACAAUGCAGCGGCCGGUGAAGUACCUCGACCAGGUCGAACAUCUACAAAUGGUGGUGUCGGACGAAAAGGCCCUAAGUCUCAUCGCAUGUUGCGUGACUGAGCAGUGGCCAUUCGUGCUCAAAAAGGGAGAUAAGGCUUCGACAAAGGAGAUCGCGGGAUGGAUUGCGCGAUUCUUCACAGCACUAGAUUCUGCAAUGGAGAAUUAUCGAGUUUUGAUGCAUUUCCAGACUGAUAUGCUGAGCGCGACUGAAGAUGAUAAGAAAGCGUGGAAUGCACUCACGAGCGCAUUCGAGAAGCAGCGAAAGAAACCUAUUACGUUGGUUGAAUCCACCUUAUCUGAUGAUGUUGAAAACGCCAGCACCUCCGACGUUUUAGAAGAUGCGAAUUAUCUGUCCCAAUCUCAAGAAGCCAUUCAACUGGACAAGGUCUUCCCGAAGUUACCGAUAAUACCAAAGACGUUGACUGGACUCACCCGCUGGUCCAAACCGGAUUUUGAAUCGGCAGUCCAAUCUGGACGGUUGGCAAAUUUGAUCCGCUGCCUAAUUUCCAGCGAUCAGGAGGUCCGUCUGCAGGCAUUUCACAUCCUACAGACGGUGAUGCAUGCCGUCGAGCAGUCGAGCUACAGUGAGAAAACGCAACUCUAUAUUCUCUUCGGCGAAAUCAUUGAGACCGUGAAGAAUCACAGCCUCAAGUUGUGUACCGGACCUCCAGGAGCGACAGCACCACCUUCUAUUACCUUCGAACUCGCCAUCUCGAUGCUCAACGUCAUCUCGGAUCCCUCAUCACCAUUCUACCAAAAGACAAACAAAUUCCUCCUCCGCAGCCCAUCAUGGAACGUCAACCAACUCAUCCCAUACUGGACGAAUGAGAUAUUCCUCACAGAACCCGAGAGCGACGAUGUCUUCGGGCCUCUUUCCUCCAACACCUCCACAGAUAUAAGCAACAAUACCCUGGUCAUAGUAGACAGCAAGAAUGCCCAACACGUUGAGAUCUCGCACCUCCUCGCCACGGUGCUCAUCCCAUCACUUCGCACUUCAGUGGAUCUGGAUCUUUUCCGCCGCGCACAGAUUUACACGCGGCUGUUCUCGUACUAUCUCGCACCAGUGUGCCACAAGGCGAUCCGCAAGCAAAUCUUACAUGUCGUGCACCUGACGAACCAGAUCCCGGGCGGCAGUGACAUGCUGAUCACGAGGACAGGUGUGCGCGAGUGGUUACGCAUCGCAAGAGAGAUCCGCGACCACAGUGGGCAUGGGCCUUCCAGCUUCGGCCAGGUCGAUGUGGAAAUCACGGCGAUCGUGGACGCUUUGCUGCUUGAGGUCACGGAAAAGAGUGACCGACGGGAGAUUGAGCGUUGGGAGGAUAGGACAUCGCUUUUCAAGCAGCGUGAUUCCGACAAGCGGGUUGGUGAAAUUGCUGUUUGA